AUGAAGUGUCUCGUGGUGCUACUUGCAGUCCUGGCUCUCUCCCAGGGCAGUGAGAUCACCAGGGUCCCUCUGCACAAGGGCAAAUCGCUGAGGAAGGCCUUGAAAGAGCAAGGGCUGCUGGAGGACUUUCUGAAGGAACACCCAUAUGGCAUCAGAAAGAAGUACUCCAACUUAGACAAGGAGCCCAACGAGCCCUUGGCCAAUUUCUUGGACGACGUGACAGCCACGGUCAAGGUGCUGGGCAGGGGGAACGUGGGUGCAGGAGAGCUUGCUCUGACGUUCCCAGCCUCCCGGUUGCGCCCCAUCUCCUGGUUCAGCCCUUCCAACCGGGCCAUGGAUUGGGAAGAAACCCAUCAUCGCUUUGACCCAUCCAAGUCCUCCACCUUCCAGAACCUGAACGAGCCCCUGUCCAUCCAGUACGGCACCGGCAGCAUGCAGGGCUUUCUGGGUCUCGACACCGUCACUGUCUCCUCCAUCGUGGACCCCCAGCAGACUGUGGGCCUGAGCACCCAGGAACCUGGCAACGUCUUUACCUACUCUGAGUUCGAUGGGAUCCUGGGGCUGGCCUACCCCUCUCUGGCCUCCGAGUACUCAGUGCCCGUGUUUGACAAUAUGAUGCAGAAGCACCUGGUGGCCAAAGACCUGUUCUCUGUUUACUUGGACAGGAAUGGCCCGGGGAGCAUGCUCACGCUGGGAGCCAUUGACCCCUCCUACUACACAGGCUCCCUGCACUGGGUGCCCGUGACCGUGCAGGAGUACUGGCAGUUCACCGUGGACAGGGUUACGGUCAAUGGCGUGGUGGUGGCCUGCGAUGGUGGCUGCCAGGCCAUCCUGGACACAGGCACCUCCAUGCUGGUUGGGCCUAGCAGCGACAUCCUCAACAUCCAGACGGCCAUUGGAGCCACCCAGGACGAGUUUGGCCAGUUUGACAUCAACUGCGGGCAACUGAACAGCAUGCCUAUGGUGGUCUUUGAGAUCAACGGCAGGAAGUACCCACUGCCCCCCUCUGCCUACACCAGCCAGGAUCUGGGCUUCUGCGCCAGCGGUUUCCAGGGUGAGGGCGACGACCCGCUGUGGAUCCUGGGAGAUGUCUUCAUCCGGGAGUAUUACAGUGUCUUUGACAGGAUCAACAACCGCGUGGGGCUGGCCAAGGCCAUCUGA